AUGUCAAACAUCCGCACGAGUUUGGCAAUACCGAUAGACCCAUGGGAGCGCGCAAAAUCCCGCUUUCUCGAAGGCCUGAGCGAUGAAGAGCGGUCAAGCUUCCAGUCCGCAACGCUGGAAACCAUUUACUACCAGGCUGAGGUGGUCCAUCGUGGUCACCAGCAGACAAGCAAGUUGAAUAAGUGCCGCCAAAAGCUCCGACCUCUCCUGAACGCGCUGGAAGCCUACGGGAGUGGCUUAGAUGUCAUCAGCAACACGGGAACGGUCUCCAUGGUCAUGGCUCCGCUCUGGGGAAGCAUACGAGUAGCUCUUCAAAUCGCACAAGACUCCACAGAGAUGUUUGAGAAAAUCGUCGAUAUGUUUACGGAGAUCGGAAACGCGCUUCCCCAUUUCCGCGACUACGAACGUUUGUUUCCGGAACACGAGAGUUUGUUGGUUGCAAUUUCCGAUGCGUACCUAACCAUCAUCUAUUUCUGUACCGAUAUCAAGGACCUCUUUGGAGAUGCGAAGAAGUCCAAGACAAGCAAAAUCAGCCUCAAGCUAGCAUGCAAGUCGGCUUGGAAACCGUUCACCGAGAAGUUCCACCGAUACCUGAGAGACUUCAAGGAACUCCAAUCGCGCAUCGAUACCGAAGCUGGAAAGGCGGAUAUGAUAGAAGCCAAACAAGAAAGACAGCGUCAUGAGGCUCACAGGAAGGCACUUAUCCUCUCCAACAAGAAAGAGAGGUUGCAAGAGUCGCUGCGAAGAAUCUCACCAUACGACUACAAGGGCCAUCACCGCAGGAUACAGGAACUACGACACCCGGGAACUGCCAUCUGGCUGUUCGACCUUCAGCCAUUUAAAGAGUGGCUCUUUACACCAUCCUCCUCAAUAUUUGGAUGUUUCGGCAUCCCAGGCUCUGGAAAGACGAUACUUUCAUCUUCAGUCAUGGAGCAUUUGCAAUCAACCCAGGAAUCCAGCGUCGUCUUCUACCACUAUUGUAGCUAUGAAUACCCGUCGUCACUGAAGGCUACAGCCAUCUUGGGAACGUUUUUGCGACAGCUUUUGGAAAGAGAAACACUUUUUGCCGGUGCCGAGUCUCUUCAUGAAGACUUGCUCGACAAGCUGAACACCCCGAUUCCCAAGGAACUUUUCGCCGCCAUCGCCAGAUACUUCAAGAGUGGGGAUACUUACGUUUUCCUCAUCGACGGGGUAGAUGAGCUACCAAGUUCAGAGCAGGCUGAACUUGCUGUCGUCUUGGAAAAAGCGGUGUCAGAUGCUCUCCAUUGCACAGUCAAGGUCUACAUCUCGUGUCGACCUGAGGCCGUGGUCAAGAAGAAGGCGUUCGAUCCCAAUCUUUCGGUCACUAUUUCCCCAGAGAACCUAUCUCAAGACAUCAUAAGCUUCGUAGAAGCAAAAGUUGAUGAGAAACUCAAGGAGGGUGAUCUCGAGCUCGGCGACCCUCACUUGAGGGAUGAGAUAAUUGAUCGACUGGCUGCAGGUGCGAAAGGCAUGUAUGUCACCAAACCCUUUGAUCAAUCGAUGAAGCCACUCAUGAUGUCUAGGUUCCUUUGGGUCAAAUUUCAGAUCGAUGAAAUCUGCGAAGCUGUCAGUGAUGAGGGAAUCCGCAAAACGCUUGCAGACCUUCCAAGAGACCUUGUUUCGACAUAUGCAAGGAUCAUUCAGAGAAUUUCAGCGUCGCCAGGCGGCCCGUCCAAAUUGGAAAUCCUCGGGAAAACCUGCCGCUGGCUUAUUUGCGCCAAACGGCCUUUGACCAUGGAAGAACUGAAGGUCGCCAUUGCCCUUGAAAUAACCGAUACCUCCAUGCCAACCGCUCGGAUAUCCAGUGGCGACGGAUCGAGGAUCAUUCGAGCAUGCAACAAUCUGGUCGUUCUUAGUAGAGCGGAUCGUAUCGUACAUCUUGCGCAUCAUACUGUUCGACAAUUCAUCCUUUUGGCCGAUGACGUACUAUCAGACUUCACGUCCACCCCUUCCGACGACGAUCCAAUGAUCAGUACCGAAGCCGGAAAAAUCUCACGUACCGCCUACAUGCGAAGCAGCGAGAAGGUGCACUUCAAUUUAGAAGACGCGGAUCGCGAAAUCGGUGCAUUGUGCUUGACUUUCCUGAACUUCGGCGAGUUUCAGACUGAAAUUGAAGUUCGGGAGGCAGACCAUACAACUUUGCAUACAACAGGGAGUAUAGUCAGUGGCUUACUCCAGACCAUGAUUCCAUCUUCCGGAAUCCUAAGGCAGUCACUUGCUUCUUUUGGUGGUAUCAGGGGGGUCGAUCAUUCCAAGAAGGUCACUCUUGUCCUUCCAAAAGCCAAACAAAGCGAUACGGCGCAGAAAACAGUUUUUGACCACUAUCCUCUCUUGCAGUACAUAUCUUCGUAUUGGCCUUUCCAUUUGGAUCAUUUCGACGGACCCCCCUUAAUCGGACCUGGAGCGGACAAUCGGUACCCUAGGAUUCACAACAUGGCUCUGGACGUCGCUUUUCGCAAAACCUUCCUUUUUCAAGCUCGGCCGUGGGAAACCCAAGAGUACACCAAAGUCGAACUUGAACAACAACACGUGUCACCCCCAGCCCAUCUACCCUUCUUCCGUUGGGCACUUGAACACGGAUCCGAGUAUCUCUGGUUCCAUUUUUUGCGUCUACUGGAGAAGUCUGAUGAUCAAAAAAGUUCAAAGCUGGCUGCAUAUAUGCGGUUCGAGAUGCAGCCAUACAGCAAGGAACGCGAUGUUAUUGUCCGCGCCGCAUCCGGAGGAAGUAUUGACAUUCUCUGCAGUUUGAUAGGUUGCCUCGAGGAUGAUUUUGGGGGAAUCAUUCCCCUAGAUGUGCUUUGCCACACCAUUGCUGUGAGCUCGGACACAACCUUGGAAAGUAUUUUCAAGUCGCUGGAUGCUUGUGAUAUUAGGAUUGCUAGAGGGCAGCCUGAACCAGAAAGAAAGUUCUUCUGGCAAUCGAAGUCUGAAGAGCCUGUUUCGUGGCUGGAACGCACCUGGUCAGCCGAUCACCUUGUCCAUGGACCGGACAAUAUCAUGGAUCUUGUUUUGGACCAUGCAACCAAGGAAGGGGAUUGGGAGGUUCAUCGUAAAGCCAAUAAGCUCAUACACCACCCUCCCUAG